UCAAAUUCAUGCGCCUAUUCCUGUUGUGCUCUUGCCUUUACGAGCGAGCUAUUUAGCGAAAUUGCGAAUUAAAUAGCCAUUUAAAAGACAUCAGACGCUUACAUUGUAUUUUAACGACCUGUUUUCGUACUCCUGUGUUAAGACUGGAAAUCGGAGUAAGGAACGUUACGCCUAAAAUCCGGAUGAAGUAUUGAAGCGACAGCUUUCCAAUAUGACAGCUGUGGACGUGGAAGAUGAGAGUAUUCUGGCGUCAAUAUUCAAAGACAGCUUUCCAGACAACUGGAGAGACAACCCCGACUUCGCAGCCUACUUGUCGGAGCUCAGUUCGUAUGGCGUGGAGAAAUUAAACCGUGAACCGGAGCGGUUGGCGGAGGAGAGGGCGCAGAUACUGCAGCAGACCCGAGAGCUCGCCUUCUCCAACUACAAGACGUUCAUCCGCACUGCGGACUGCACCGAGGAGAUAUACCGCGACUUUGGUCGUGUGGAAAGCAGUGUUUCCAAACUCCUCGACAAGUUGCCCAGCUUCGGUGAAAAAUGCAGGGGUUUUGUGAAGGAGGCGGAGGAUAUCGGGGCGAGCCGGAGGAUGAACAGCCUGACUCUGAACCGCCACACAGAGAUCCUGGAGAUCUUAGAGAUCCCUCAGCUGAUGGACACCUGCGUCCGGAACGGCUACUACGAGGAGGCUCUGGAACUGGCAGCCUACGUCAAGAGACUGGAGAAGAAGCACUCGUCCCUCCCUGUCAUCCAGGGCAUCGUCCACGAGGUGCGUCAGUCCGCUCAGCUCAUGCUGAACCAGCUGUUGCAGCAGCUACGCAGCAACUCCCAGCUUCCUGUGUGCCUGCGUGUGAUUGGCUACCUGCGCAGGAUGGACGUGUUCACGGAGGCGGAGCUGCGGGUCAAGUUCCUCCAGGCGCGGGGCAGCUGGCUCCAUUCCGUCCUCUCCGCCGUGCCUGACGAUGACCCUUACUUCCACAUCACCAAGACCAUCGAGGCCUGCCGCGUACAUCUGUUUGACGUCAUCACGCAGUACAGAGCCAUCUUCUCUGACGAGGACCCCCUGCUGCUUCCCGGUGGUCAGGGCCAGGUGGUGAACGAGGGGGCCAUCUUCCACGGCUGGGUGGUGCAGCAGGUGUCUGACUUCCUGGAGACUCUGGACCGAGACCUCCAGAGGGGGGUGGGCGGCCGCCUGGACUCCCUGCUGGGACAGUGCAUGUACUUCGGCCUGUCCUUCAGCCGCGUCGGGGCAGACUUCCGCGGCCAGCUGGCCCCAAUGUUCCAACGUGUGGCGGCCGAUACCUUCCGGAAAGCUGUAGAGGAAGCCAUGGAGAAGUUCCAGGAGGACAUGAACCUGUAUACUCUGAUCUCUCUCCCCUCCAUGCUGGGUGGGGGCUCCAUGCCAGGCACCCUCCAGCCCCCCAGUGCCCAGCCAGGUACCCUCCAGCCUCCCAUGGCUCUGCUGGAUUUCCCCCCCCUGGCCUGCUUCCUCAACAACAUCCUGACGGCCUUCAAUGACCUCAGGCUCUGCUGCCCCCUCGGUCUGGCCCAGCAGGUGACCAAGUACCUGGAGGACGCCCUGGUAAAGGUCACCAAGUUGAUCGUGGUGUUCCACAGGGCUGAGGAGACGGCCUUCAGCAGCCGAGAGAAGGAGCUGUUUGUCCAAUUCUGCUGUUCCUUCGCUGAGGACAUGGUGCCUUUCCUCAACCGCUGUCUGCAGGUCCUGUUCCCCCCAGCACAGCUCUCUGUCAUACUGGGUGUCCCUCCAACUCAAGUCCACAAGUACAGCAGUCUGGGUUGUAUUGAUGUGAGUACAGUACUGGAGCCUCUGGGGUUUGUUCUUCCCAAGAGGGAGACGGUGACUCCGGUGGUAGAAGAAGACCUCAGUGUUGAGCUGGAGGGUCUCACCGCAGCUGAUCCUGAACCAACACUUCCCGUUGACAACCUGGGACUUCCUGAUCCUGAACCAAUAGCAGGCCCGGAACCUACAGAGGAGGAUCCCAUGGUCUCGUCCACCAUAUCUACUGAGUUUGUGUCCGAGACAGGUCUGACCUCUGACCCUGAACUGGAAGCCAUUUUGAACGACCCUAACCCUGUACUGGACGACCCAGAGCCUGAGAGACCAAGAGCUGACAGCCACCGUGAAGUACAGGAAGACCCUGAGUUGGAGGCCAUACUGAAUCCCCCAAAGCCUGUACUGACCGCCCCAGAACCUAACCCAGUCCCAGACCCAGAGGUAAACCCAGAGGUACCAGGGGCAGACAGUGAGCCAUCAGAGACUGAGGAAGUAACAGACUGUUAACCCUCAGGAGUGAUGGCAAGGUAACAGACUGUUACCCCUCAGAGGAGUGAUGGCAAGGUAACAGACUGUUACCCCUCAGAGGAGUGAUGGCAAGGUAACAGACUGUUACCCCUCAGAGGAGUGAUGGCAAGGUAACAGACUGUUAACCCUCAGGAGUGAUGGCAAGGUAACAGACUGUUAACCCUCAGGAGUGAUGGCAAGGUAACAGACUGUUACCCCUCAGAGGAGUGAUGGCAGGUAACGGACUGUUAACCCUCAGGAGUGAUGGCAAGGUAACAGACUGUUACCCCUCAGAGGAGUGAUGGCAAGGUAACAGACUGUUACCCCUCAGAGGAGUGAUGGCAAGGUAACAGACUGUUACCCCUCAGAGGAGUGAUGGCAAGGUAACAGACUGUUACCCCUCAGAGGAGUGAUGGCAAGGUAACAGACUGUUACCCCUCAGAGGAGUGAUGGCAGGUAACAGACUGACAAUAGCCUAGCAUUGAUGGUUGUAAUCUUGUAGUUACUGUGCAUUUAACAAUGACCCUUUCAGGAAUGAUUCCAAUGCUUUAGCUUUUAUAUACUGUCAUCUAAUCUGGGUAUGACUGGUUGGAGAAUGUGUGGUAAUACUGGGUUGAACUAUUUAAGAAAUGUAUAUAUUAAAAUAGUUUAUUUCUACUGUACAUGUCAAAUGGAUGAUGUUGAUUAUUAAAAUAUAUCCAAAACAGAA